GGCCCGCUACGCGCGACCUCUUCCUGUCUGUGCUUGGGCGGCGCGCGGACCACGCGGAGCGGACGGAAGUCUCCUGCCUAGCGAUCAGGAUGACCGAGUGGGAGGCCGCCACGCCAGCUGUAGCAGAGACCCCCGACAUCAAGCUUUUUGGGAAGUGGAGCACCGACGAUGUGCAGAUAAACGACAUUUCCCUGCAGGAUUACAUUGCAGUGAAAGAGAAGUAUGCCAAGUACCUGCCCCACAGCGCAGGACGGUAUGCUGCCAAGCGCUUCCGCAAGGCACAGUGCCCCAUUGUGGAGCGUCUCACGAACUCCAUGAUGAUGCAUGGUCGCAACAACGGCAAGAAGCUCAUGACUGUGCGCAUCGUCAAGCACGCAUUUGAGAUCAUCCACCUGCUCACUGGUGAGAACCCUCUGCAGGUUCUGGUAAACGCCAUCAUCAACAGCGGGCCCCGGGAGGACUCCACUCGGAUUGGGCGAGCUGGAACAGUGAGAAGGCAGGCUGUGGAUGUGUCCCCACUGCGCCGGGUGAAUCAGGCCAUCUGGCUGCUUUGCACCGGUGCCCGUGAGGCUGCCUUCCGCAACAUCAAGACCAUCGCUGAGUGCCUUGCGGAUGAGCUUAUCAAUGCUGCCAAGGGCUCUUCCAACUCCUAUGCCAUCAAGAAGAAGGAUGAGCUGGAGCGUGUGGCCAAGUCAAAUCGCUGAUUUCUCGGUUGCUGCCCAAUAAAGUGCCCUUUGGGGAAUUUCACUUG